AUGAAAGGCUUGGGACGCCUUUUGUCAGUGGGACGUGUGCUGUGUCGUCAUGAAGUACUGACGAUGCGCCAAAGUACGUGUGCCCUACAGAUCCAAAAGAGACUGUUCUCUGGACAUAGACCAAUGGAUGCGUUGUACGAGGGACAGGACUAUGAUCGUCAAGUAGAAAAAAAGUUUAGUAAACUUUCAGGGAAGACGCCAUGGGAGCCCGAUGUCAAGUACUUGAACGGUCUUAAGAGCCGCUGGCAAGGACCUGAACCAACGCUGAAUGAAUUGGUGCGAGAUAAUGUACCAAUAGCUCGAAAUUUGUUUCGAAAUGUGUUGCAACGAUGUUAUCCAAAGGAAAUGGGCAUGUGGAACAAAUGGGGUGUCAUGGAAUGGAAGGCAGGGAAUUACGGACUGGCAAGGAUGAUCUUCUCCAAGGCGUCUCGGAUCUCAUUUGAUGUUGAGUUGUGGACAUCGUGGGCGUCAAUGGAAUUGGAGACAAAGAAUUUGCAGGAAGCCAAGCGCAUUUUCAAGUUGAUUUUAGCUACAGAUCCGCACAAUCCGAUGGCGGGAUUGGGAAUGGCGUUGUGUGAGGUUCAGGCGGGAUCUCACGAUGAAGCACGAGAGAGGUUUCAGGAACUUUUAGAGGAACAUCCGAGGGACGUGCUGAUUAUGCAAGCAUAUGGUGUUUUCGAGGCCAAAUGCCAACAUGUUGGACUGGCUCGGAGUAUUUUUCAGAACGCUGUUUCGCACCCGCGAGCGACAGGUCAAGUUUGGCAUGCAUGGGCUAAAGCAGAGUAUGAUGCUGGGCUGUACAAGAAUGCGCUCGCAGUGAUAUCGAGUGCUUUUAGGCGAUAUCCAACACACAAGUGGCUCAUUUUACUUGGUGCUAUGGCCCACUUCAAGCUUGGCGACUUGUAUGAGGCACGUCGUGCGUACCGCCGACUUAUUGACGGUGGACUCUAUGUGGAGGCGUCGGCCUAUAACUCGUAUGCAAAGAUGGAGGAAGAGCUGGGUAACGAGGAUGCAGCAGUGGGCUUGUACAUAGAGGCUUUGGAACAGUUUCCUGACCACGUACCUAGCAUGAUGUCUCUUGCCGUUUUGUACAAAAGACGUGGACGUACGCGCAAUGCGCGCAAGGUUUUUGAAAGCGCACUUCAAAAGCUUCAGCACACUGGGCCUGUGCUUCACGCGUUUGGAGACUUUGAGGAGCAGCAUGGAGAGCUCGACCAUGCACGAGAACUGUACGACGAGGCUACAAACGUGCAACCAACGGCCAUUGAGUCGUGGCGUGCGCUCGCACGUGUCGAAGCUAGAUUGAAGAAUUAUGAGGCUGCGCGUUCAGUGCUUACCUUGGCUACUCAGCAUGUACCCAAUGACGCACCUUUGCUCAUUGAGUUGGCCAAGAUUGAGCAGCGGAAUGGUUGUCUCCCAGCAGCUCGCCAGGCUUUGGAAAAGGCUCUUAAGGUUGAUCCCUCUAAUGCAUCUGUUUGGAACUUGCGUGCGCUGCUUGAGUUGCCAGUAGAUCUAGAGCGUGCUAAAACGAUUGUGGAGAACGCUCUGUCCGCGGUUCCUGAGUAUGAAAAGACUAGUUGGAGCAUUUUGAUGUGCACGUACGGUCGUACAUUUGCAGCUUUGGGAGAUUAUCAGCAGGCCGUUGCAGCCUUCCAGCGUUCGUUCAAGCUGCGUCCGAAGAACUGGGAGACACAUUUGAUUUAUGCUGAUAGUGUUCUAGCACCAAACGAAGCGUGGACAGAAGCUGUGAAACAUCUCACGGCUUCGCGCAAGCUGCUCCCGCGAACUGAUAGACGUCGUGCUAAUGUUGAGCGCAAACUUCGUGCUGCUGAGGAAAUGGCUAAAGCGAAUCAGCACAAUGCCGAUAAAGAAGAUAACGACCAGGAUCAAAACGAGGGUUCGUAA